AUGGCUACCCCUUUCACACAAGACCCAGCAGCAGCCGCGCCCGCACCAUCCUCAUCCACAACACCAGCAGAAACAGAACCAUCACCAUCCGCACCCACCCCCACCACCACCACCACCACCACCACAGCACCCGAACCGCGCGUCGAACAACCCACCCACUCCAUCGCUUCCAACCCAAUCAACGCCCAAAUCCCCGGACCCGGCCCCUCGCUCGAAAUCUCCCUCCUGCUGGUCUCCGGCGCCCGCCAUCCCUACCGCAUCGACGAGAAAUACCUGCUCUCCCGCAACGUCACAAACGCCCAGGACCCCGCGACGGGCACCUUCGACCCCCUGCAGAUCUCCGGCUACCAACUGAAAGAAUUGAUCCUCAAGGAUUGGAGGAGCGAAUGGGAGCCCAAACCCGCGAGUCCGAGCAGCAUACGCCUGAUCAUCAUGGGGAGGAUGAUUGAGGAUAAGGCUGCUCUGAAAGGUAUAUCUCGGACACCCUCCCACGCCUAGGAAGUCGCUCGAGACUGACUGUUGUGUUUAGAUUUCCCCUUCUCCCCGACUUCCCCCAAUGUGGUGCACCUCUCCGUCAAACCACCCGAAAUCCCCGACGACGAAGACGCCGGCGGCAAGGGAGGCAGCGCAAAGGGAGGCGCUCUACGACAACGAGACGGCGAGGAUGGUGGUGCCGGCUGUCGUUGCGUCAUCUUAUAA